ACCCAUUCCUGAGCUCUGGAUGGAGGCACGCUAUUAGACGAACUCCAGCUGAUAUGCAGCGUCAUCCAACCCAACGUUAUCAACUAUCAACCAUCCUUGACCACAACUGGCCUGCGCCCGCCUUACGUCAAAUCGAUCCUAAAUUUCCUAACUCACCAUCCAUAUCCCAUGAAUGAAUAUCUGUUGCUUUGUCUACAGUGCGCUCUUCGCCAUCAGCAGAUCUACCAUCCUGUCUCCCCUCCCCGUUCUCCCUGAAUCCCCGCUUAUUCGUCAGAGCGAAUCGCGAUAUUCAUCACCGUCGAUCCCCGUUGUUUGUUUCACAUCACGACACCAAAGACCGAGGGGCCUGCAAGGGACUCACGUCGACAGGAGAGGGCGCGCAGAUCCGCCGAGGCUGAAGUUGCAACAAUUGGCCAGCGCCGGAGCGUGUGCGGGAGACCACGCCAGGACAGUCAGGUACCAUUAUACCAAUGUACUAUCAGCCGGGUAUGAGUGGCGCCCACUGCUCCGCCCAACUGUAUGCAGCGCCUGGGGUUAAGCAUCAGCCUGUCACUACUACGUUGUAUUCGUCGUGUUUGCCGUAAAGCACUAAGGACCGGCUCAGGCUCUCAGC